CAUACAUAAUUGAUAUUAUUUUUAUUAUUAUAAGCUUUUUGAGCUGUCUAUAUAACACAUUACAAGCUUAGAAACCAAUACUCUUAUUCAUCAACAUCAAUAUUAUUUUCUCUCUUUUCUUUCUUUCUAUUACUAUUUCUUUCAAACACAAAAAAUAUGGCAGCCAUGGCAGCAGCUCUCCUAGUUCUCUUGAUGGCCGCUCCGGCUGCCUAUGCAGCAAAUUACGUUGUUGGUGGCAGCUCCGGCUGGACCAACGGCGGUGACUAUGUUACUUGGGCUGCUGAUAAGACAUUUUCAGUGGGUGACACUCUUGUGUUCAACUACGACACAAGCCACAAAGUUGAUGAAGUUGACGCAAGUGAUUAUGCUUCAUGUGGUACCUCAAAUGUACUAAAAUCCCAUGGUGGAACAACUGUUACCAUUACUCUUGACAAAGCUGGUUCAAGGUACUUCAUUUGCCCUACUGCUGGCCACUGUGGUAAUGGCAUGAAGCUUCAAGUUGAUGUAAAGGCUUCUGGCACUCCAUCCACUCCUUCCACUCCAUCCACUCCAUCCACUCCUUCCACUCCAUCCACUCCUUCCACUCCCUCCACCCCCGGUGGCUCGCCUGCCACCCCUGACACUCCCCCCACCACCGAGAAAUCGCCACCUAGCGCAGCUACCGGCUUAGUCGGUAACAUGAAGGUCAUUGGGGGUUCACUUGUUUUGGCAGCUUUGUUGCUUGCUCAUUGAGUGAUUUUGAGCUAGGGGAGAGGCAGUGCGAUAUGAUUUGUAAUAUUUAGGCCCAUUUAUUAUAUUUGUAAUUUAAUGUUGUUUGUUGUUAUUGUUGGUUUUUUGGUGAAGUUGUGUGAUUUUCACCAUGAUUCUAUGUCUAUAUCAUUUCAUUAUAAUCAAAUAAAAAAAUUAUCUUCUUUAA